AUGAGGAGCCUCAAGCUGCUCUUUUUGGCCGGCUCGGCCGUCUUCUUUCGAGACACGCAGGGGGCGCAGGGGUCCUCCGGACCCCCGCCGUCAACUGUCGCUGCAGCAAGUAUCGAUUGCACAACUGCAAUGAACGGCAUCCGGGCUGAAGUUGGCUUGGCCCCGCUGCAGCUCGGAACUACGGAGCAAUCCAAAUUGCCUCUAAAAGCUGAAGAAAGCCCCAAUUUAGCCUUCAGUACGGCCGUUUGCACCGCCGCUAGAGCCGGGACGCUGCCUUCCACCGCUUCGACCUCACUGGAUGGGAACUUCGCCAUUUCGAUACAGAAGGGGUCCAAUGGUGACUGUGCAACUGCAGUGAAGCACUGGAGAGAAGGCUUCGAUCUGUUCAAGGGUUUGCCUCCGCCUUAUUCGGCAGAGGCGCCGGUGUACAAGACUUCUCAGGCCCAGUCCUUUGUAGCCCUCUUCGCCCCCCACGAGGCCGGCAAGGUGGACUGCGCAUUCUUCAUUUGCCCGGAAAGCACUGACAGCGGCACCAAGCAGGAGGAAAUCAAAGCUCUUCUCUGCGUCACUUCGCCCAAGUCGCUGAAGGACGGCGUGGCUCCUUUCGAGCAAAAGCAGUGGGAUAAGAUCGCAGCGGGCCUCGUGGGCGGCGCCUCUGCAGCGGUGCCAACUUUCCUUGUUUUUGCCGUCACGGCUGUUGGAGUUGCGCUGUUUUGA